AUGCCCCGAGUCAAUAGACAGAUGCGUCAAGAGGCACUGCGCCUUGCGUAUCGUCAGAUGGUGUUUCGCUUGGAUGAUAUGGACGACCUCAUUAAGCUUUUGAUUGCAAUUGGCGAUAUUGCUCGUGACAACAUUGAGUCACUGGAGCUUGCCUGGCAUAGUGGAACAGAUCUUCAGUGCCAAUGGGCUGAAGCUCCGGGGCCUAACGGACAUUCGUUGGCUUUGCCAACCCUUCAUGUCGCGAAGUGUGUCCAGCUGCUCAAGCAUUGCAGGAGGCUGAGAUACUUGCGACUUUAUUUCGAGAGAGACCUCAUACUGGGCAUGUCUCCGGAGGCUUAUAGGCUGAUCCUGGCAUUUGUGAGCUUAGUUCCAUUCGAGGAAUUAGGAGAGUAG